CACACUGAAAGCGAAAACAGAAUCGACAAUAUGUAUUUGAGAAUAAUAUAUUGAGAUUCCGAUUAAAUUUAAAAUUCUAUAAGAGUGUGCUGAACUGAAGAAGACGAUAUCAUUGAAGUGUGUGAGACACGUCGGCACUAAUCAAAAGUCAAUGAUAGUCUUACUAUAUACUAAGAAUAUUGUAUCUAUGCACAACGAAUAUAUAACUAUCCGGUUUUUGUUUUAUCGGUUCAUUGGCAACGCAAUAUAGGUACAAAUGAUUGGAUAGGUAGAUAGAUAGGUUUGUUCUUUUGCAGAGUUAAUACGUGUUAGAAAAAUGGGUUCCGGUGUUAAAUAUCGUCGUCGGGACAAUAAUUAUUACAUCAAAAUCGGUGUACUUGCACUGAUAUCCGUACCGGUUUUGUAUUUAAUUUUUAAUUGGGCAAGGAGUAGUACUGACAAUAUUCCCGCUCAAAAACAACAUCUCGGGCGAGAUCUCAACGAACCUUACUUGGCCGAAGGCCUCGGUAACUAUGAACCGGAACACUUGGAAUCACGAAAAGGUCCCGGUGAAAAUGGCAAAGCCUAUGUUCUACCAGCAGAGAAAAAGAAGAAUGCCACACAAUCAGUUUCCAAGUACGGCAUGAAUAUGGUGUGUUCGGACGAAAUUUCGUUGGACCGGUCUAUUGUGGACACACGAGCACCAGAAUGCCGCCACUGGGUCUAUCCGUACGAUUUGCCUAGGACAUCGGUAAUCCUUGUCUUCCACAACGAAGGACUUUCGGUACUAUUACGUACCAUACACUCUAUACUGAAGAGGACACCGGAGCACCUGUUGCACGAAAUUCUGCUGGUCGACGAUUUUUCGGAUAAAGAGAAUCUGAAGGGGGAAUUAGACUCCAAGAUUAAAAAUUACAACGGCAAAGUAAGACUGAUACGGAACAAAGAGCGUGAAGGACUGAUUCGUACCAGAUCAACGGGUGCACGAGAAGCACGGGGCGAGGUAAUUCUCUUCCUGGACGCUCAUUGUGAGGUGAACACAAAUUGGUUACCUCCACUGUUGGCACCAAUUUAUCGUGAUCGUCGAACAAUGACCGUACCGUUUAUUGACGGAAUUGAUUCGGAGAAUUUUGAGUAUAGACCGGUGUAUGGUAGCGCGCAACUCAAUCGAGGAAUAUUCGAAUGGGGUAUGCUUUACAAAGAAAAUUUGGUACCGGAAAGAGAACAGAGUCGAAGAAAACACAAGAGUGAACCGUUUCGCAGUCCUACCCAUGCUGGCGGACUUUUCGCAAUAGACCGUAAAUACUUCUUAGAAUUAGGCGCUUAUGAUGAAGGAUUGUUAGUGUGGGGCGGAGAAAAUUUCGAAUUGAGCUUUAAAAUUUGGCAGUGUGGUGGCAGCAUUGAAUGGGUACCGUGCUCUCGGGUUGGACACGUUUAUCGAUCCUUUAUGCCGUACAACUUCGGCAAGUUAGCGGAAAAGAAGAAAGGUCCCUUGAUCACAAUCAACUACAAACGAGUCAUCGAGACGUGGUUCGACGAGGAGUACAAGGAAUAUUUCUACACACGCGAACCACUGGCCAAAUUCACCGAUAUGGGCGACAUCAGCCGUCAGUUGGAAUUGAAAGAACGCUUGAACUGCAAAAGUUUCGACUGGUACAUGCAAAAUAUUGCCUACGAUGUGUUCGAAAAAUAUCCCAAACUUCCGCCGAAUUUACAUUGGGGCGAUAUACGAUCGGUGGCCAAUCUGGAAUGUAUGGAUAUGUUGGGACAACAUCCACCAUCUACAAUUGAAUUGCGCCAUUGCAACGGCUUAGGGGUCACUCAACUGAUGCGAUUGAAUUCGGCGGGACAGUUAAGCAACGGUGAACGAUGCAUUGAGGGUGAUGAGCAUGGAAUUCAGUUGGCUGUUUGUAAGUUGGGUACGGUUGAUGGACCGUGGAGAUAUGACGAGAAGACGUUAACUUUGCAUCACAAUAAGGAUGAUAAAUGCUUGGGCAUUCAUCCCGGAACGAAGAAGUUGUCUUUGGUGAAAUGUGAUCUUAAAAGUGCUUAUCAACAGUGGAAUUUCUAUGAAAUUAAACCGAAAUGGUGAUAGAAACUUAGAAUUUUUUAGUUGCCGUCCAUUUAUGUAAUCUUUGUCAUAUCUAUACGUAAAUGAAUAUACGUGUCCCAUGUGCCAUUCCAUGUGUAUUAUUGUAUUCAAGUCAAUUUUAUACAAUUUAAUUCGAAUUUAAUUUGAUUUUGUGAUGAAGUUAAUGUCAGUACCAGUAAUGCAUUUAUUUGUCGCUAUCGAAACCGAAAAUUUAAUUUUCAUGUUUCUGAUAAAAUAACUUUUAUCGACUGCGUAAAUCUUAAAAGUAGAAAAUCCAAAUGUUGCUUGUUCAAAUAAAACAGUAAAACAAAGAAAAAAAUGAAAAAAAA